AUGAUUCCCAGAGAGCGAGACCUUGGGACGCUGCUUGCUUGCGGCGUGGCGGCCGCCGAGGGCACCACGCAGGCCACCCCCGAGGAGCAGCCAGCAGCCGCCGCGCCGAGCGACGCGGCCGCGCCCGCCGCCGAGGGCGCCGCGGGCGAGGCCGCCGACGGCGGCCCUGCGCCCGCCGCGCCGAGGCGACGCGGCGGCGGACCCGCCGACGAGGCGGCCGCGCCGAGGCCCCCGACGGCGGGCCCGGCGCCCGCCGCGGUGGGCCCGCCGCCCGAGGGCCCACGGGCGAGGCACGCCGCGACGAGAACGGCGGCCCGGCGCCGGACGCUGCCGAGCGACGCGGGCGGCGGAGCCCGCCGCCGAGGAAGCUCCGCGCGGAGGCCCCCCGAGGCGGCCCGGCGCCCGCCGCGGCGGAGCCCGCCGCCGAGGGCGCCGCGGGCGAAGCCGCCGACGGCGCCCACACGCCGCCGGGCCGCGCCCGAGCGACGCCCAGGCGGCGGAGCCCGCCGCCGAGGGCGCCGCGCGGGGAAGGCCCCCGACGGCGACCUGGCGCCCGCCGCGGCGGAGCCCGCCGCCGAGGGCGCCGCGGGCGAGGCCGCCGACGGCGGCCCGGCGCCCGCGGAGCCCGCCGCCGAGGGCGCCGCGCGGGGGGCCCCCGACGGCCAGGCUGCCUCGGCGGGGACGGCAGAGCCCGCCGAGGCGGAGGCCGAGCCGGCCGGCGUGCCCGCGGGCGCCGCGACGGCACAGGAGGGCAGCACGGGCGGCCAGGGCGCGGAGGCGCAGGGCGCCGAGGGGACCGAGGCCGGCCGCAGCAGGGUUUCGGGCUUCCUGGGCGGGGCCAGCGCACCUGAGCCUGGAGGAGUCUGGGCUGAUUUCGCACGGCAAGGAGACGGAGGCAAAGGGGGCAAGAAGGGCAAGGGGCGCAAGGGCAAGGGUGGCAAGGGCCCAGACGUUGCUGACGGCGGACAGGCCCUGCCCCUUGCCCCAGGUGCCCAGUUCAUGGUGGCCCAGCCUGAGAGCGCCGAGGUGGACAUCGGCGACCUGGAGAGGAUGGUGGCGAUGCUGGAGCGCGUGGGCGACGUGGCCAGCGCGGCGAAGCACAAGUGUACCCUCGCUGAGAGGCGCCGCAAGGCGGCCGAGAAGGCGUACGUGGCCCCGCUGUCCCAGAUGGUCACCUUGGCCCACAAGCAGGCGGCGGAUGUCAGUCAGAAGCUGGAGAAGGCGUUGGCUCACUUCGAGCGGCUGCAGGAGGGGCUCGAGCAGCAGCGCAAGUGGGUGCAGCAGCUCACGGACGAACUCGAGGAGCGCGAGAAGGAGCACUGCCGCCUCGUGGUGGAGCUCAAGGAGACGUACGUGCCGCCGCAGCAAGCCCCUGCUCAGGCGCUCAGUGUGGCCGGCAUCUUGGACGGCACGAUUGAGACGAUUCCGCUGUCCUUUGCAGGCCUGGGUUUCGACGAUGAAGAAUAUGCUGUGGAGGAAGCGGACAAGCGCGAGUUGGAGGACCGCACCGCUCGCCUGCAGACCGAGUUGGCGGCGGCGGUCAAGGCUAUGUUCGGCCAGGCGGCGGAGAAGGCCAAGGCCUUCAAGGCGGAGCAGGAGCAGAUGGCGGCCCGUUUGGCGGGCAAGCGCAGGCGGCAGGACCCCGAGGCCGCGGUUCCUGGCCCUGAGGCUGCGCCUGCGGCAGCUGCUGGACCGCCUUCCGAAGGCGCUGGGGCAGCCGCUUCCGCGGAGGCCCCCCAGCCUGCGCCCGCUGGGACGCCAGCUGCAGGAGUGGGGGCUGGAGAAGGGCUCAAGCAGCGCGCAGCCAGAAUAUGUCGCCCGCCGCCCCCUCAGGCCACGAAGUCGGCCUGA